ACAAUUUCCGUCUUGUUAUGUUUUCGGUGUGUGACGUUUGUAUGAUUUUAGGGUAAAAUGGAACAAUUUUUUGAGCAGUUGGAGGCGGCAAAAGCUUGUUGGUGGCCCUAUAUUUUAUCGCUAAUUCUUUGUCUUGUAGGAAUCAUUAGGAGGUAUAUUGGAGGUAAUUACUGUCCAAGUGAAAAUAGAAUCGAUGGCAAAAUCGUUAUUAUCACUGGAGGAUCCAGCGGAAUUGGACUCGCUACUGCUAAACAUCUUGCAAAAAGAGGUGCUACCAUAAUAUUAGCCGUUAGAAACGCAGAACAAGGAAAAUGUGCACUAGAAACCCUACUGACAGAAUGUCCAGAAACAAAUGCCAUUAUAAAAUUGAUAGAUCUAACAGAUUUUGUUAGUAUCCGUGAAUUCGCCAACCAAAUAAAUCUUGAAUACGAAAAAAUUGAUAUUCUAAUUAACAAUGCAGGAAUUAUUUUCCACCCUUACAAGAAAACUGUUGAUGGUAAUGAGAUAACAAUUAGCACCAACUACUUCGGUCCUUUCCUUUUAACGCAUCUUCUUCUAAAUCUACUUAAUAACUCUGACAACGGUCGAGUCAUUAAUGUGUCUGCAGUUGCACACUUACGAGGAAAAAUUAAUCUGGACGAUUUAAACUCAGAAAAAAACUUUGUAGAAAUCGAAGCUUUUAGUCAAAGCAAACUGGCUUUAACUAUGUUCACAAAACACAUGGCUUCACUUUUAAAAUACACACACUUAACAUUUAACGCUGUAAAUCCUGGUCUUGUACGUGGCACCAAACAUUUGCGAAACUCCAAACUGACUACGUCUUUUCCAACAAAAUUGUCUGUUUGGCCAUGGAUGUGGCUUUUUAUGAAAACACCCAACCAAGGAUGUCAAACCAUUGUGUAUACAGCGGUUGAUCCUUCAUUGCACAACGUUUCUGGGUGUUACUUUAGCAACUGUGAAAUGCAAAAACCUUCAGACUUGGUGAAUGAUGUCCAACUAUCUGAAGAAUUAUACAGAAAAACUUGCCAGAUAGUAAAUAUUGAUGGAGAAACUAUUAUAAACAACAUACGUGAAGUGGAACACCAGAGGAAAACUAACUAGCAACAUAUUUAAAAAAUUUAUAAAUUAUUUUUUUCUACAA